AAAAUUGAAAACUCUUAAUCUUCAAAAUUCUAUUACAAAUUCUCAGAUCAGAUCAUUUUGCUGUGAUUUUCUGUGCACGUCGAUAUAUAAUACAUUGCGUGCAGAAAUGAAGCGUACUGAAGACGAUGAUCAGCAUCAAGUUGAAUAUCUGGAGAAUCCAGUCAAAUCGGAAAACGACAAAAAGAGUUAUAGGGUCAUCAGAUUAGUAAAUGAUUUAACAGCUCUGCUUAUAUCAGAUAUACAUUUAAAAACAGAUGAUUCUCGAGAUGAAGACGACGAGAAAGAUGAAAAAAAGGCAGCAUGUGGCUUAUGUGUGGGAGUAGGAUGUUUCACCGAUCCAGACAUUCAAGGCGUAGCAAAUUUAUUGAAGCGUAUGGUUUUCAUGAGAUCCGAAAAAUACACACAAGAAAAAAAUUUUGAAACAUUCAUCAAAAAACGUGGCGGAUCUGUUAACGUCUCAACAGAUAGCGAACAAACAACAUUUUACUUUGCUAUUCAAGAAAAACACUUGCUUCCUGCUCUUGAUCGUUUUGCUCAAGGCUUCAUUAAACCCUUGAUGACGAAAGAUAUCAUUACACGGGAGCGAGAGAACAUAUAUGAGUAUGAAUUGCUACCUUGUGACGAGAAUAAGAAGGAGCAGCCGUUAUCCUCUGCGCAAACCGAUCAAGUCAAUAAGAAUAUUCGGGACAGUUCUAUGACGUUUAGCAAUAAUAUGGAAUAUAUGGAUGAUAAUAAAUUGUGCGAAGAAUUGCGUAAAUUCAGAAAUCGCUAUUACAGUGCUCACAGAAUGACAAUAGCUAUACAGGCUAAAUUAUCAUUGAGCACAUUGGAAAAAUUCGUUACGAAAUGCUUUGUUGAUGUACCAAGUAAAAGGUUAUCUCCGGAUGUCUAUGUUCCUAGUGUUUCUUUUGAUACUCCCAAACUCGAAAGAGUAUUAACCGAAACAAGAUCUCAUGUAUCACAUGUGAUGUUUAAGCAAGGUGACAAAGUAGAAGUAACAUGGACAAUGCCUUUACCACCCGAUUUUUAUAACAGUAAACCUCAUGAAUAUAUCGCAUGGAUUAUUAGGCAUGGAGGAAAAGAUUCUUUAACAAGUUAUCUACGCAACAAAAUGCCAAAUUGUAUAGGUUCAGGUGAUAAUGUUCAAUGUAACAGUGAAACAUUCUUAAGAUAUAAUUGUAUAUAUACCAUGUUGAAGCUUACUGUAGAGCUCUUCUGUGAGGAACAAGAACACUUGAAGGAAGUUUUAAAUGCAAUAUUUUCCUUUAUUAAUUUACUAAAAAAAGAUGAUCCACAUAAAAGGACUAUUUACUAUGACAUUUAUAAGAUAAUGGAAUAUAAUUUUAGAUUUAUUAACGAAAAAGAUUCUGUGGAUUAUGUAGUAAGUUUGUGUAAGGGUAUGCACUUUUAUCCAUCACGUGAUUAUAUAACUGCAAAUGAGCUUAUUUGUAUUGAGUACAACCCAGAAGAUAUACAAAAGUGUUUAAAUUAUUUGAAGCCAGAUACCGCGAUUAUCACUAUUUUGCAAGAUAAACCUCGUCCUUUGACUUUUGAUCAUAAUGAAGUUCAGUCCCAUCUAAACUGGGACGAAAAGAAACAUAUAUACGUCGAAGUACCAACGGAAUAUAUCGAACAUUGGAAAUCCAUCGAGCCGUUGCCAAAUUUUCAUUUACCAUUAAAGAAUGUAUUCAUUGCCAGCGAUUUCUCUUUAAUAUCGAUACCAGAUAAUGUUUCGAAAUAUCCUGUAAAAAUAUACAACGAUCACAUAUCGGAAAUUUGGUAUUGCCCGUAUCUCAAAUUUCGUUUGCCGAAAUGUUAUAUGAAUUUCCAAUUUAUUUCCUCUCUAGGAGUUCAGUCGUCGAAGAAUGCAGUUAUUAUGGAAAUGUACUGUCGUGCAUUAAAACUGCUUUUGUUCGAAGAAUUAUAUCCAGCUGUUGUAGCUGGAUUUGAAUAUUAUAUAUAUACUAGUGAUGAAGGUAUUAUAAUCAAAAUGAACGGGUUCAUCGACAAAUUGCCCCGCUUGUUGAUAACUGUUGUAAAAUACAUGGUUCGAUAUCCAGCACUUGUUACGAAGUCUUUAUUUGAAUCUUGCAAAAUGCAACUAUUAGAUAAGGGAUAUUAUAGCAAAGCAUUUAUGAAUCCACAUAAACUUAUCAAUGACGUAAAAUUAUCAAUAUUGAAGCUUGUUCAUUAUACAGGCGUCGACAAACAUACUGCUCUGUCUAAUGUAAAUUUUGAAGAAUUCCAACGCUUUGUGAAAUCCUUUACCGAUCAUUUGUACAUCCAAUGUCUCGUGCAAGGUAACAUAACGCCGGACGAUGCAUUAGUGAUUAUACAAGAAUGUCUCGAAGUAAUAAAUUGCGGUCCCUUGCUUAGUAGUACAGUACAACAGAUGAGAGUCGUGCAAAUACCUUUGGGCAUAAGCUAUUGCAAAUUAAAAAAUAUAGACGAAAUGAAUACAACUUCCGUAGUGACAAAUUAUUAUCAAGUUGAUGUCGCGUCUGUUCAAUUAUCGGUAUUACUCGAUCUGAUGAUGGAAAUAAUGUUUGAAAUAUUACAUAAUUUGGAAAUAGACAAAAAACAGCUAUUUAAAGUUGUAUCGUGCGACUUGGACUAUAUUAACGGGAUUUUAGGAUAUUCCAUUACUAUUUAUACUAAGGCAAAUAAAUGCACAAUCGAACAUAUGGAUCAGCGGAUCGAGACAUUUUUGCAAUUGUUUAAUGGGAUUUUGAAAGAUUUUCAGGAAAAGGAUUUGGAUAAAUUUAAGGCUAGGCUAAUAAUUGCAAAAAAGCGUCAAUAUACUGAAAAUGUUGUUGAAAAAGUAGUUCAGAAAAACUGGAAUGAGAUAAUGAAGGGGGAAUACGUUUUUGACAGAUACGAGAGAGAAGUGCUUGCAAUAGAUGACAUAAAGGUCAACGAUCUAAAAAAAUGUUUUGAAAAGCACACAAAGAAUGGAAGGAAUUUUAGGAAAUUAAGAAUACAUGUAGUAAGAAAUGAUCCAGAAAAAAUUUCAGUCGAAAAAGAAAAUAGUGAAAAUCCCAAAACAAAGCACUUUUCUUUGGAAUAUAUAAGCGACGAUCAGCAGGAAGAUGGAGACCAUCACAUUGUUGACGUAGAAGACUACAAGAAAUAUCUUUAUAUCUAUCCUCUUAGAGCAAAGCAUAACUGA